AUGAAAGAAUCAUUUGUUCGUUUUAGUACUUUGUUACUUAAUGAUGAUAGAUCAAACAUAUACAAUCAAAUACAAUGUAUAUUCAAUCAUAUCAAAGAAAUAGGUAAAAAGAUUUUUCCAAAGUAUUUAACACUUUCAGGUAAAGAUAUCAUCAAACAACAUCAUCUUGAAAUGAUAUCUAGGUUUACAAUGCCAUGGAACUUUAUCAAAUAUUAUCUAGCCAACAAAAAUAAUGUAUUGUUGAAAAGAAGGAUGUAUGUUAUUAGUAAAUAUUGUUCACAUCAAAAUGCAACAUUGGAUACAUUAUUAAAACUAUUGGAAUGGUCCCCUGAAUAUGAUCCACAAGAUCAAGCAAUUAUUAUUGAUGAUGUAUCUGCUCGUGGACACUUUUCAACAAUUCAAUUAUUAUGUCAAUUGAAACAACAUGGACAAGUAGAAUGUACAACCAAUGCUAUAGAUAAAGCAGCAGAAAAUGGUCAUUUAAAUAUUGUUAGAUUAUUUUUUAAUCAUCGUGAUGAAGGAUUUUUAGAUAAAAACAUUCCAGAAUGUAAAGGUGGUACAACAAAUGCAAUGGAUAGAGCUGCAGAAGAUGGCUGCCUUGAUAUUAUAAAAUUUCUACAUGAGAAUCAUACUCAGGGAUGUUCACGUCGUGCAAUACAUAUAGCAGCCCUCUUUGGACAUUUUGAAAUAGAAAAAGAAAGUAUUAAAUUUAGAGAGUCAAGUCACGCUUGA